AACACUCCGGAGACGAAAAGACUACAACACCCUCGUCUUCUUCCGUCGCACCGCUUCUUCAGCAAUGUCAUUUUAGUCAAACCCAAAAUUCCCCUCUGAAGAAAAAAACCCACCAAAUCGAUUUCGUUGUCCCAAUCCAAAAUUCCUCCAUCUUCUUCGCUGUAACGCUUUUUACCUAAUCGGAGAGAAACAAUGCAAUCGGCGAAAGGACGGCGGAAAGUUGGCUCCACAACCGCCGGAACCGGUAUAGACUCGGCGGAGAAGCUUGACGAACUCUUGAUAUCGUCUGCGAUUUGUAACGGUGAAGAUUUAGGACCAUUUGUUCGGAAAACUUUCGGUACAGGGAAACCAGAGACUCUUCUUCAUCAUCUCAAGUUUUUCGCACGAUCUAAAGAAUCAGAGAUCGAAGAGGUAUGCAAAGCUCACUAUCAAGACUUUAUUCACGCCGUAGAUGAUCUUAAAUCGCUUCUCUCAGAUGUUGAAUCGCUUAAAUCCGCGCUUUCCGAUUCAAACUCUAAACUCCAAUCUGUUGCGGCGCCGCUUCUUUCGUCUCUUGAUUCGCUUGUUGAGGCUCAGACUGUGUCCAAGAACGUCGAUCUGGCGAUUGGAGCGGUGACUCAUUGUGUUCGUGUUAUGGAACUUGUUUCUCGAGCUAAUCAGCAUCUUCAGAGCGGUAACUUUUACAUGGCGUUGAAGUGUGUGGACUCGAUUGAGAGUGAUUUGAUGGAGAAAACUCCUUCGUCAACGCUGAAACGGAUGCUGGAGAAUAGGAUUCCGGCCAUUCGAUCUUAUGUGGAGAGGAAAGUGAAUAAGGAGUUUGGAGAUUGGUUGGUUGAGAUCCGUGUGGUGAGUCGGAAUUUAGGUCAGUUGGCUAUUGGUGAGGCUUCCGCGGCUCGUCAGCGAGAAGAAGAGCUCAGGAUCAAGCAGAGGCAAGCGGAGGAGCAGAGCAGACUCAGUCUACGCGAUUGCGUUUAUGCGCUAAACGAAGAAGAGGAUGAUGAAUUUGGGUCUGGUCAUGAAGGCAGCGAUGGUGGUAGUUCCGGAGGUGGAUUGCUAGGUUUUGAUUUGACUCCAUUGUAUAGAGCUUAUCACAUUCAUCAGACACUAUCUCUUGGAGAUAGUUUUAAGCAGUACUAUUAUAAUAAUAGGGAUCUUCAGCUUACCUCUGACUUCCAGGUAUCUACUAUGACUCCGUUUCUCGAGUCACAUCAGACGUUUUUCGCCCAGAUUGCUGGGUUUUUCAUAGUAGAGGAUAGAGUUUUAAGGACUGGAGGAGGGUUGAUUUCGAAGCUGGAAGUAGAGACUUUGUGGGAUACUGCUGUUACUAAGAUGUGUGCUGUGUUGGAGGAUCAGUUCUCUAGAAUGCAGACGGCUAAUCAUCUCUUGCUGAUUAAGGAUUAUGUGAGCUUGUUAGGGGUGAGUCUACGCAGGUAUGGCUAUGCUGUUGAUUCCCUUCUCGAAGUAUUAAGCAAGCACAGGGACAAGUAUCAUGAGUUGUUACUGUCUGAUUGCCGUAAACAGAUCACAGAAGCUUUAUCAGCUGAUAAGUUUGAGCAGAUGUUGAUGAAGAAAGAGUAUGAAUAUUCCAUGAAUGUGCUCUCUUUCCAGUUACAAACAACAGAUAUAGUACCGGCAUUCCCUGUCAUUGCUCCAUUUUCGACCACCAUCCCAGAUUGUUGCCGAAUUGUGCGGUCUUUUAUCGAGGAUUCGGUUAGUUUCAUGUCUCACGGAGGUCAGCUUGAUUUUUAUGAUGUAGUGAAGAAGUAUCUGGAUAGGCUUCUAGGCGAGGUUCUUGACGAGGCUCUGUUGAAGCUGAUUAACACGUCGGUUCAUGGAGUUCCUCAGGCAAUGCAAGUUGCAGCAAACAUGGCCGUGUUUGAGCGUGCUUGCGAUUUCUUCUUCCGUCACGCUGCACAUCUUUCAGGAGUUCCUUUGAGAAUGGCGGAGAGAGGUAGGAGGCAUUUCCCAUUGACCAAAUCUCAAAACGCUGCAGAAGAUACACUCUCAGGAAUGCUUAAGAAGAAGGUAGAUGGUUUCAUGACGUUGCUCGAGAAUGUCAAUUGGACAAGCGACGAUAUUCCACAAGGUGGGAAUGAGUACAUGAACGAAGUGUUGAUGUACUUGGAAACUUUGGUUUCCACUGCGCAACAGAUAUUACCCCCUAAAGUCUUGAAAAGGGUUUUGCGCGAUGUCAUUGCUCACAUUUCUGAGAAAAUCGUUGGAACGUUAUGCGGAGAUCUAGUAAAAAGAUUGAGCAUGGCUGCAAUCAAAGGACUUGAUGUGGAUAUUCAGUUGCUGGACUCGUUUACAGAGAACCUAACUCCAUUCCUCACAGAUAAAGAAGCGAGAGAGAUGAAAAAAGCAUUCAUCGAGAUAAGACAGAUGAUCAAUUUGCUUCUGAGUAGUCACCCUGAGAAUUUCGUUAACCCGGUUAUCAGAGAAAGAAGCUACAAUGCUUUGGAUUACCGGAAAGUUGCAACAGUUUCAGAGAAAUUCAGAGACCCAUCAGAUAGUAUUUUCGGGACUUUUGGAACAAGAGGAUCGAGGCAAAACCCGAAGAAUAAAUCGUUAGAUGCGUUGAUAAAGAGACUGAAAGAUGUGAGCUGAUGAUGUAUCCAGAGCACAAACCCAAAGCGUAAGUACGAUCCCGUCCUUGGUUUUAUCUAUGAUCUAUUGUUAAUUAUAUGAUUGCUUUAUAUGUCAUUGUUGAUGAUUCGUUGGGUCUCUCAGAAAGAAAGGCAAAAAAAAAACACAAAACUGAUUUCACCCCCAAGAUUGUAUCUUUUUUUUUUCCUUUUUUUUUUUUUUUCGUCUGAAUGAUUAUAUAACAAAAGUGAAAUACGUUGUCGGAAUACAAAGGCCGGCGGAACUUUAA